CUAAAGGGGGAUAAUUUUUCGCCCAGUUGAAUAAAUCCUGGGUUGGGUCGGUUGAUUUUGGGGAUAAAUUUCUCAGUAUUGAAAUGGUAGUGUUUGAAUGAGAUAAGCAAAAUCGAAGUUAUUGAAAUCUAUGGCGGUGCUUAAGGUAAUCAAAUCUGAAGUUCCUGAAAUCCAGAUUGAAAAAAGUAUGGCGGCGCUUAAGAUAUGCAAAUCUGAAGUUGUUGAGACCAUGGAUGAAAAAAGUUUGGUUAUUCAUGAUAAUGACGGUAAUAUCACUACGAAUUCCGAUCAAAAACCUAAUAUCACCACUUAUUCCGAUGAAGAAGAUGAUACCACUACUGAUAAACCAGCAAAGAAGGCUGUUAAACCUCGAAAGAAUGCUGGUUCACCUAGGAAUGUGAGACCGGUGCAUAUCAGGAGAUUAACCCGUAUUCUUAAGAAACUCAUACGAUUUCAUAAAUGGAUAGAAGCGAGUGGUGUGUUGAGUGUACUUAUGCAAGGGACUGAGCAUGAGAGGUCUCCCAAGGAGAAUAGAAUCAAGUAUUGGGCUGCAUUGGAGCUUGCACAUAAGGGAGAUGUUGAAUUGAGAGAAUUCAGAGUCAAGGGUCUCUAUGAUGUUUGGACGAAAAAAAACGGGAAAAUGAAGCAUUGGGCACCAAAGGAAAAAUACUUGUUCCAAAUACAAUACUUCCUUUACCGUAUUACGGUUCUUGCGCAUGGACACAUAGAGGUGGAAACAAAGAAGGAUAUCAUAGCAGAGGCGGAAAAAAAGAAGGAUAUCUUAGGAGAGGCAGAGCUGACUAUCACAUACCUCGUGAAUGAUAAGGGUUUUGAGGGUGAACCAAUUGCAAACAUUGUGGUUGGCCUGAUAUAUUACGAGCUUUGGUAUAUGUCUUCUACCCUGAAAGAGAUGAAGCUGAGAAAGUUUGACACGUAUGAGAGAUCUGCAGUAUCAGAAAUAUCUGGAAUAAAUUCCUACAACGAAUUUGAAGAUUUAGAUGGUCAAAAUUCUGUUAAUGUUGGGAAUGCAGAAUCUACGGUUCAGCGGGAUUCACACACCUCUAUUGUGGACAAGAAGAAACAUCAUAUGGACAUUGAUGUUAUUCCGCUGAGAGAAGAAACCAAAAAUUUGUCACAAGAACAAGGUCUCGACGACGAGGAAUCUUCUGGAGUAAUUUGCAGCAAAGAAAUGCCUUUUCAGCAUCCAGGAGGGAACACUUCCAUUUUCUAUUCACGCGGUUUGCAGACGAGUUUGUUGCCUUUGCGGUUGCCAAGCCCGAGUGAGAACGUGGAGGAGGACAUUGAUUCUCACAGAGCGAGGGUUAAUGGAAACUAUGGUAAAGCAGUGAAUCAUUUGCGUCGUGCACUUUAUUCUGCUUCACCUGUAUGGGCAUCCCUACUUCCUUUGGUGCAGUUGUUGCUGCUUGGGGAUCAAGUUGAGGCGGCACUAGAGGAGCUUGAGAACAUAUCCCAACGUUCAAAUGCAGAACUCCCCUUUAGAUUAAAGGCCAAUCUUUUAGAAGGUUUUAAUGGUACGAAUGCACUAGUGCUUUCGACUUGUUAUGAGGAUAUACUGAUAUGGGACUCUACUUCUAUCAGUGCAGUAACUAACCUUAUCAGCUUGUAUAAGAAUGGUGAUUACAGUCUUGAACGUUUAGUGGAGAUGAUAUCUUUACAUCUUGAUAAUACCUCCGGAUCUUGCAAUGUAUGGGAAGAACUUGCUCUAUGCUUUCUUAAAGCAUCUCAGAUUGAAGAUGUUCUUGAGUCAACUAACAGUAGUUCAGAAGGAAGUCGUACAAUGAAUCUGGGUAUUUCCAGUACGGUUGGCAAAUUCAUUACAGUUGGAACGUCGCGUAAGUUAUGGAAGCUCCGUCGCAAUUGGUGGGCUGACCGCCACUUCGUUAUUACGGACUUUCCAUUAGAGAUGCAAGCAGGUGAUUGGAACCUGUUAGCAUUCAAGGCCGCGGGUGCAUCCCACUUGUAUGGUCCCGAGUUUGAUUAUGUUAAAAAUGUUUGUAAUUAUUUAGAAAGGGAAAAGAAUGUAGAUUUAUUAUUGCUGUUACAAAGACACAGAAAUAAUUCAAUCAUGCUCUUUAAGCAUAUGAAAUGAGUAAUAUUACUAAAUUCAUCAUUGUCCUCUCUCUCUCUCUCUCUCUCUCUCUCUCUCUCUCUCUCU